AUUCAAUCACUAUAAAAGCUUUAGUUCUUAUAAAGAAAAAAAGCAUAAUAAUUAAUUAUUGAAUAAAUUAGAUAAAAAUAUAUCAAAAUGAAAAAAUUACUUGUUGUCUUACUUGCCCUUUGCUUAGCCAAUUGCGCUAACACCUUUUUAAGAAAUUCAUUAUUCCAAGCUAGCUAAAAUUAGUUGGUUGUUGCUGCAUGCCCUCCCGAUAUGGAAAGCGAUAUUGAAUAAUAGGAUAGAAUUGUUGGAUUCAUUCCCUACUUCUAUUAUUAAAAUGGUACUGGUGUUUCUGAUAUUUCAACUACUGUGUAAAUUUGCCACAGAAACUUUGAAAUUAUUGACAUUACAUGGAACGUAGCUGACACUCAAAUGAUUUCUAACUACACCUAAUGCAACGAUCCCCUUUACAACUAAGAUGUUGUAGAAGUCUUUUUGGGUACUCCUGAAAAUUACUUGACAGAAUAUCUUGAAGUUGAAGUCAACCCUCAAGGUGCUUUGUUUGCUGCCAACAUCACUAACACUAACAACUCAUGCUCAGGAAUCAGUGAUAGCCUUAUUCCAUGCAAUGAAACUGGAAUUUUCUAUUCUGCAUAAAUUGCUGAUUUCGGUUAUAAGGCUAAUGCCUAGAUUCCUGUCAAGCUCGUUACUGGAACCCAACAAGCUUAUCACUUAAAAGGUAAUUUCUUCAGAAUCGAUUAUGCCUUCAAUGGUGACAUCGACUACUCAUGCUGGAGACCCACCUAUGUCUCACCUGCUUGUUUCCACGUACCAUCCUAGUUUGGAGAUAUUUUCCUUGUUUGA